UGACGUCUUCGCCCCGUAGCCGCAGUCGCCAUUUUCUUUCUGGCCGUCGUCGAAAAUAGCCGGAGAUCCGCCGGUGAAAAGAUUGAACGAAAGACGCCAAAAACCGGCGUCGUUUGUCCCCCGACGAGGGCCGAACAGUCGGCCGUGAGUGUUUUCAUGGACUGCUCGCUGAGCGGCGGACAUGGUGUCAGCCCUGCUCGCCUAGUCGGUUCCUCGAAGAUGGAGGCGGCGGCGCGGGAGGACGCGCGGAGGGAGUACCAGUCGUCCCUGGAAGACCUGACGUUCAACAGCAAGCCGCACAUCAACAUGCUCACCAUCCUGGCCGAGGAGAACAUCCAGUUCGCCAAGGAUAUCGUCGCAAUUAUUGAAGCUCAAAUAAGCAAGGCCCCAGCUACCGAGAAGCUUCCAGUUUUGUACUUAGUGGAUUCCAUAGUGAAGAAUGUUGGAGGAGAAUACCUUGCAGUGUUUGCUAAAAACCUAAUCACUUCAUUUAUAUGUGUCUUCGAAAAGGUGGAAGAAAACACUAGAAAGAGUCUGUUCAAGUUGCGCUCGACGUGGGACGAAGUGUUCCCCCCCAAGAAGCUGUACGCGUUGGACGUCCGGGUCAACUCCGUGGACCCGGCGUGGCCCAUCAAGCCGCUGCCGCCCACCGUCAACGCCAGCAUCCACGUCAACCCCCGGUUUCUGAAACAGUCUGAGGAGGCGUCCUCCCCCCAGCCAGCUCCUAGCCACCCCCCUCCUGCUCCUGCUCCUGCUCCUGCUCCUCCUCCAGCGGCAGCCGCCCCCCAGUCAACGCCGAGCAUCAGCCAGUCCAGCCUGACGCAGGAGCAGCUGAUCCGACAGCAGCUGCUGGCCAAGCAGAAGCAGCUGCUGGAGCUCCAGCAGAAGAAGAUUGAACUGGAACUGGAGCAGACCAAAGCACAGCUGGCUGGCGGCUUUGCGUUGCCGCAGACGACCACAGUUUCAACUGCGCCUACGGCAACCACAGCACAGAGACAAGCCGCCCAAGCGCCUCCUGCGAUUCGGCCCUGGAUCCCCCGUCAACCUCCACCCGACCCCAAAGCGCCCACCAGGGACCCCCGUCUAAACCGGACCGGCCCCCCAACUGCUUCAUCUCAACCCAAAGAACAGCUGUCUGUCAGGAAGGACAGCCCCCACCCCGCUGGGUUCACCCCCGAGAAGAAACUACCGGAGAAGUCCGGCCGGCCGGACAAAGGCAGGAUCCCCAGGAACAAUGUGUCUGACGAGAAGCUCAAGCCCAAGUCUCCAUCUCCAAUGGCAAAAAACGUCCAGAGCAAAAACAAACCAGUGGAGGCUGAGAGACAGAAAUCCUCUGACAGCACGAAGAAGGAUCCCCGACUGAGGAAACGCACUCAGGACAAAACCGGGGAGAACAAAGAUGACGAGAUGAAGGAGAAGAAGAGAUUCAGCGACAAGAAGGAGCGGGACGAGGCCGGCCGGGGUCCAGAGCCAUCGAGGGCCAACAAAGGGAAGCUGCUGAACGGCUCCGUGGCCAAACAUGAACGCGACGAGGCAGGUGAUAAGGCCGACUUCAAGUCCAGCGGCAACGCCCGCACGCACGCUAGGAAACGCACCCGCUCACGGUCCCGAUCGCGCUCUCCUGGCGCCUCCCCGAAGAGGAAGGAGCGGCGGUCGCCCAAGAGCCGAGCCCGGAGCACCUCCCUGUCCCCGUCACCAUCCCACAAACUAGGCAAGCCUCGGAGAGUCCGCCCCAACGACCCCCAACAUGGCAAGCCCGGCCGAGAAGACCGGCCCGGACCCAAGAAGAUCCAGUCAGAGAACAGGAGGACCAAGAGGCCGGCGGAGGAGCGCCACCCCGAGCUCAGAGAACCCCCACGCGGCCACGACGGCGGAGUCAAGGACCCCAAGGAGCCUCAUCGCUGGAGGAGCGGCUGGGAGGAGAACAAACACUUGAAGAUGUCAGAGGAGGCUCACGUGAAGGCCGACGCUUCCAGGCACAAAUCGUAUGGCACCCAGCCACGUCCCACCACCCCUCGAACCCCGAAGCAUCGCCUCAGCGUGGACGCCAACCUGCAGAUCCCCGAGGUCCUCAACUCCGCCUCCAAGAAGGACCUACUCAGGAGGGCGAGCAAACGUCUGGAGAGCGGCGAGAUCUCCCAGGAGGACUUCCUGAACAUGGCCCACCAGAUCAAACACUUCUUCCAGUACCAGGAGGAGAAGCUGCAGCGCUCGGAGAGCUGGGACGGCGUCGUGGGCUUCGGCAGUAAGAAGCAGUUGUUGCUGAGCCCGCCCGGCUCGGUCCAGUCCCGCCCCCACGAGAGCAUGGACGCCGCGGAGCUGUCCUACUACGAGCACAAGUCCAAGCUGAGGAAGACGCAGGUCAACCACCGAGCUGCCGAGGAGGACUGGGACAGCGAGGAGCUGGUGGAGGAGGGUGGCGAGAACGCAGGAAGAGUCCGUAACGACGGCCAUAAUUACGGCCGACUGCCGCGGGACAGACAAGGUGAAAUGAGGAGUAAAGAGCGGGAGGAGCUGCGGCCUCACGUCACCCCCAUGAUCGAAGACUACAACCACGGCAAAGAGUUCCCCGCCCUCAAGUCUCUGCCCGGCCUCCGAUUCAGGAGGCGAGCCGACCCCAGAGAGUCCAGUGAACGUGAGUGGACUUCUCCGCUGACGGAGCGGCAGCCGUACGAAGACCGCGAGGAACAGAAAAGUGGCUACGACGCCCCGCGGCGAUACCCCGCAGACCCGCGGAGGCCGGACGGGCCCCCUCUGCCCGGCACCGUGGUCCUCAGGAACUGCCCCAGUCCUGCCGGUCUGGAGGCCCCGCCCCCCCGGUUUGAGCGUGAGCGUCUGUCUCCUCUCCAUCAGAAAGACUCUGGGGACAUGAGCCCCAUCCCCCGCUUCGAGAGCCCUAACAGCGAACACUCAGAUGACGGGCCCCUGGCCCUGGAGGCCCCGCACCCUCUCCCUCCCCCCAAACCCGUCAUCAAAGCCCCGGCCCGCGCGGGGCCGCUGUCUGCCGUCCGACACGGGGACUCUCCCGGACACACGCCUCCUCACGACGGCGGACACGCUCCCUCGCGGUUCAUGGGCCCCCCCAGACCUCAACCCCCCGGCUGGUAUGAAGCAGGGGGGCCCGGGCACUACGAUGAGCCCCAGUUUGACGGCCCCCACCUCCCAGCCCCGGUACGGUUUGACGCUGGGGGGCCGUCGCUCCACAGUGAGAGUCCUGGGCAGUGUGAGGGCCCCCACAUGGUUCAUGGGCCAAUCAGAGGGGGGGAUUCCUUGGGACGGUUCGAUGGGCCCCCGCAGGGUCCAGUGAGGUUUGUUGGUCCUGUUGGCCAGCAGCCCCCUGUAAGGUAUGAGAAUCAGGGGAGGGGGCCGGGGCCCUUGGAGGGCCCGAUGCAGCGCUUUGAGGCUCCAUGUCACUUCAACAACAUGGGUCCAGGUCCCACUCCAGGUCCUGGUCCAGGUCCUGGACCUGGAGCGAUGGGCUUCCAGCAGCAGCGGCCCCUGCGCUUCGAUGGCCCCGCCAACCAGAUGGGCCCCGUGAGGUUUGAAGGCCCGGGUCGCUUUGAGGGCCCCAGCCAGCCCGGUCCGAGGUACGACCUGCCUACCGUGGGCGGGCCCCCGCGCUUCGAGUACCCUGGCCAGCAGGGGCCCCCCAGAUUCGGUCCCCAGCACAACAUGCAGCCCCCAAUGAGGCCGAUGGCCCCGCCCGUCUAUGAAACCCCCAUGGGCCCCCAGCAGAACUUUGGCAUGGCCCCCCAGCGCUUCCAGGAGCCGAUGAACCCCCAGUUCCCGGGGGCCCCGAUGCCGUUCCCCGCUCAGCCCAACCUGCAGCCGGCAGGAAACUUCAACAUGCAGCCCGCGCCGUUCAGCCAGCCGGCCCCCGGCCCCUUCUACAACCCCGCGGCCCCCGCCAUCGGGAUGCAGCCGCAGGUGAACCUGCUGGGAGCCGUGAACCAGCCGUUCCUGCCUCAUAACCAAGUGCCUUUCGGACAGCAGACUCCUCAGGUCGUCCCUCCAGAGAACCACUUCGGUCAGGUUGACGUCAACGAGCUGCUGUCCAAACUCAUCUCCACCGGCAUCAUCAACCCCUCGCAGCCCGAAGUCCCCCAGACCUCCAGCACCGAGUCUCCGUCCACGACUCCAGCGGCUCCAGCUGUGGAGGAGGAGGAGGAGAAGGAGGAGCAGGAGGUGGCGGUGGAGGAGGAAGAGGAGGAAGAGGAAGAGGAGGAUGACGAUCUGCCGGACCUCACCAGCUUCAGCAUCGACCACAUGAAACAGCGCUACGAGUCGGUGAUGACGAAGCUCUACUCCGGUAACCAGUGCUGCCUGUGCAGCAUGCGCUUCACCGCCGCCCAGACAGACAUGUACGCCGACCACCUGGACUGGCACUUCAGGCAGAACCACGCCGGCAAGGUGGCGAGCAAGAAGGUGACACACCGGCGCUGGUACUACGGCCUGACGGACUGGAUCGAGUUCGAGGAGAUCGCCGACCUGGAGGAGCGGGCCAAGAGUCAGUUCUUCGAGAAGGAGAACGAGGAGGAGGUCCAGAAGAGCCAGGCCGCCGCCAAGGAGAAGGAGUUCCAGAGCGUUAAAGCCACCAAGGACCAAGUGGGAGAGUUGUGCGAGAUCUGCCAGGAGCCCUUCGAGACGUACUGGGUGGAGGAGGAGGAGGACUGGUUCCUGAAGCACGCCAUCAAAGUGGACGACAAGAACUUCCACCCGGCCUGCUUCGAGGAUUACAAGAACACGUCGUCGUAUCUCGAUGUCACGCCGUCGCCCAGCAAGCUGCUGACUGAACACCCGCUGGGCGCCUUCGUGAAGGAAGAGGAGGAAGAGGAACCCACUGCCUGCGCCGUUGCCGCGGCGGCGGCGGCUUUGAUCAAACAGGAAGCGGGCGGCGAGUCGCCCGAGCUUCCUCCGCAGGAGGGGGAGGCCCAAGGGGGCGCGGCCCAGGAGGUUUUAACGGACUCUGUGCAGCCAGAGGACAAAGCAUGACGGCGCCGCUGCUCGUCUUCAUCCCGUCGGGGGUGAAGGUGUUUUUAUGACUUGAAUACAUUUUGGUAUUUGGAUUCUGGCCGUUUUCAGGUCUUCUGGUUCUGUGAAGAAUUGUUCCGUUGGCUCAAAGCUGUAAUGAUUUAAUUUAUAAAUUAAAGUAUUUUUUGUAAGUCUGGUCUAACGGUGAUUGAAUCUCACAGCUGCCGCCUGUACAUAGAAGCAGUGAUUGAGUUAUCGACGACAGUCUCAGGUGUGGAAGGUAAGCCUCACCUGAGCCCAGGACUCGAGGUCGUCCCUUUUUCUUUGACUUUCAAUAAACGAGUCUGAAACAUGUUUUUGUGUGAACAUCUCAGUUUUGCUGUCACUUCGGUUCAAGAAGAAAAAAUAAAGUUUCUGUGAUUUCAA